GGGUCUAGAUUGAUUCAGGAUAUCUGGUUGGCAUGGACAAACUGUACUGAAGGGUCUGUUUCUGUGCUGUAUAAAUCUAUGACUCUGACUUCAGAUGCCAGACCACUGAAGGAUCCGAACGUAAGGAUCGGGCCAUGAUCUCAUUGAGUGGUAGAGCAGAACUGAUGGGCCGAAUGGUUUCAUGGAGCACAACCUGUUGCCAGUGUUGGUCAGCUAGUGGCAGUCACUACGAACAGGAUCGGAAUGCACUGCGGAGGAAGGAAUGGGAAAGACGGAACCAGGAAGUCCAUCAAGAUGAGGACCUGUUUGCUGCAAGUUUUAACCUGUUCAGUGAGCCUUACAAGUCUUGUAUGCCAUCUAAUUUCUUUCAGACCAGCAAGGGUGAUGCUCUUUCCAACCGUGUGCAGAGUACAUUAGGGAACUACGACGAAAUGAAGGAUCUGUUAACGAACCGCUCUAAUCAGAGUCACCUAGUGGGGAUCCCCAAGUCUUUGAUUCCGCAGACACCUGUCGAGAAAAUGGAGCAGAGUUUCUUCACCGAGCCCAGAACCAAAAUAGCCUCGUCCCACCAAAGCAGUAGUCAUUCCUCAUCGUGCAUGCCUCCGCCUUCAUCCUCUUUAUCAUUGAAUUCAACAUUGUUGCAUGGGCACCAGAGCAACAAGAAAUCCCGGAUGGACUGGCCUCGCAACGGGCAUGGUUCUGGGAGUGGGCACAGUGUGCAAUCCAUUAGCCAGUCCAACAGUCAGCAGAGCCGAGGAAAGCAUGAACAAGCCCAGGACCGUUACAGUGACCUGUACAGCAAUCAGACUGAGCAGCACAAAGGUGAUCACCAGGCUAUCGUUGAUGAUUGCGUUAAGUCACAGUCACCCAGUCCCAGUACCACUUCCCGUUCCAAAAGACACAGCCAUUCCAAAUCUAGCAGUGGAGAUCAUGCCUACAAAGAGAGCUGCCACGUAAAGUCUCCCAUCGACAGUGACACUGCUCUCCAUUCUUCGGGGUCCCCAGCUCCUUCAACGUCCCUGAUACCGUGUAGCAGUGCACUCUCCGCUCAGAAUUUCCCCCCGGGACUUUAUUCCAAAUCAAGCAUGCUGCAGCAGAAGCCCACUGCUUAUGUGAGACCAAUGGAUGGACAAGACCAAGUUCCUGUUGAGUCGCCUGAAUUAAAGCCACUAAUGGAGAUGGAUGAUGCUUUUAGCAGCCAGCUGUUUGGCAGCCUUCUGGAUGGAAAGCCCAGCACAGCAAGUACAAAGUGCAAGUUACCAAAGCUGACAAUCCCUCAACCUGGUGAAGUCAGCCUUUCCAACGAGACCAGCUGCGUGGAAGAAAUAUUACGGGAGAUGACACAUUCCUGGCCCCCUCCUCUUACAGCCAUACACACACCUUCCAAGGCUGAACCAACCAAGUUCCCAAUCCCAAGCAAGGACUCUCAGCAUCUAACCUCUGGGUACAAUGGACAAAAACGCUGUGAUGUUCAAGGAAAACCUCCAACAAAGUCUGCACCACAGAAAUCGAUGCUGGAAGAUGACCUGAAACUCAGCAGUGAUGAGGAUGAUGGUGAACAGGUGGAGAAAACCAAGGUUCGAUCCAUUGCUGUAAACAGCAUCACUUUGCAGAAUUCCCAUGUUUCAGGAUCUGGCCAUUCCAGCGGUGGAUGCAGCAGCUCCAGUGAGUCUGGGAGCAGCUCGGAAUCUGACUCAGACAGCGAAAGCAGCUCCAGUGACAGUGAGUGCAACGAACACUCCCGCAGUGCCACACCAGAGCCUGAACCACCAUCGACCAAUAAAUGGCAAUUGGACAAGUGGCUCAAAGUCCAUUCGCACAACAAGACCAUUGUCAGCAACCAAACCGAUUGUGAUGGACUUGGUGAUUCUGAACCUCAAAGCAACCAACAGAAUGACAAAGAGAUCAAAGGGAAGCAGACCAUAUCACAGACUCAGCCAGAUUCCAAAGAUAGGGUCUUACUCAGUCCCAUCAGGGAGAAAGCUAAACCAAGGACUGCACAGAAAACUCCUGAAGGGAAAAGUGUGAAGCAAAAGUCCCCUGUACCCAAUGAGCCAGCUCCUCCAAGGAAGACCACUGGUAAGAAGCAGCCCAGGAGAGUGGAAUGCACUCCCAGCUUGGAGGAACAGAGCUGGGCCAAGCCAAAUAACCCCAGCAGUACUCCCAAAGAAAGAGACAGCCGAGGAGCUACAGCUGAACAACCCAAAGCAAAGCCGAGAGCGGCCAUUAACAAAACGGGACCCAGGAAAGAGCCAAGAACCAGCACAGUGCCUGCUGUUGACAGGAAAAAGCACAGAGUGCCUGGUAAGAUUGUGCCUAAAUCGAGAGAGUUUGUGGAAACAGACUCGUCGGAUUCCCACACAGAUCAAGAAGAACACAUGCCAGUGAAAAUCCCAGCAGGGUCUACCAUCACGACAAACUCACUCCAACCUAAAGAUUGCGGGAGCACCAAUAACUGUCCGAGCAGCAUUCCCGCUGAUGCACCUACUACUGACUUAGAGGAGCCCGCAUUCUCACCGCUUCCACUACCGCAAAAUGAACUUCUUUCGCCCCUGAGAGAUUACGAGGAAAUUAAAUCACUUUGGGUGAAGUUUGAUCUCAGCCUAUUGUCCAGGAUUCCUGGACAGACUCCAGCAGAGUCAACCCCAGUGAAGCCUGAGGUCAGAGAGUCCAACAGUAAAUGCAGCUAUCAGUCCCCGACAGCAGUGACGGACAAAAACACCAUCAAAACUAAACGGAAACAUAAGCAGGUGGAAAAUACAGAGGCUCUCUGCGAUAGCAAGAAACAGCGUGUAGAAAGGGAGAUAACUGCCCCGACACUCGUACCCGUCAGUUGCCCUGUUCCUUCCAGUCACAAGAUUCUGAGCAGCAAAGAGCUAUCGAAGCAGUUAACAAAGAGGGAGAGGAAGUUCCCGCCUCCACUGUCACCCUUGCCAGAUGAGCCCGAACCCAAGCGAUGGAACAGCGAGAGUAACCCCCUGAGCCAGGAAAACAACGGCAGCACUGCAUCAGCCGGUUCCUCACAGUCAUCCGCACAAUACAAGCACCGGAAAGCUGACAGCAAGUCCUCUUCCUAUGUAAAAAACCCCAUCGAGGUUGAUUCACAUCCAAACCCAUCUAACAUUAGCCAUGAAAAUGGCCAGUUGCAAAUGGACCCCUGGACGUUAGUAUCCAACGGCCAUUCAGAAUCAAGAAGACCGAAACUAACUUUUGAUGACACGUUUCAUAAUGCUGAUUACUACAUGCAAGAAGCCAAGAAGCUGAAACACAGAGCUGAUGCACUGCUUGAUAAAUUUGGAAAAGCAGUUAAUUAUGCAGAUGCAGCACUAUCAUUCAUUGAAUGUGGAAAUGCCAUGGAGCGUGAUCCAUUAGAAGCAAAAUCCCCAUACACCAUGUAUUCUGAGACCGUGGAACUCAUCAGGUAUGCCAUGAGGUUAAAGAAUUUCACAGGUUCUAUGGCCACAUUAGCUGAUAAGAAACUGGCAGUAUUAUGUUACCGAUGCUUGUCACUUCUCUAUUUGCGAAUGUUCAGACUUAAGAAGGACCAUGCUAUGAAGUAUUCCCGAUCCUUGAUGGAAUAUUUUAAGAGUUCCUCAAAAGCCUCACAAGCUCCUUCGCCUUGGGGAACAAAUGGAAAAACCACAGGAACAGCCUCCCCUUUGUCUCCCAGCCCGUCUCCCGUCAGUUCAGUCGGGUCUCAUGGGAGCAGCACAAGCACCACUGGCUCAUCUCCCUCAGCGACCAUCAGCAUUCCACAGCGGAUCCACCACAUGGCUGCCAGUCACGUCAACAUUACCAACAACAUCCUCAGGAGUUACGAACACUGGGACACGGCCGACAAGCUGGGCAGGGAGAACAAAGAGUUUUUUCAUGAGCUGGACACACUGAUGGGACCACUGACACAGCACAGCAACAUGACUACCUUGGUUCGGUAUACUCGACAGGGACUGCAUUGGCUGAGGGUUGAAGCUCAUUUAUUAUAGUGACUGUGCUGUGCACUCCUUUUCUGCAUUUCUGUCUCUACCUCUGCCAGGACCAUGACUGGUGGAACCCCUUGCUGCUCUGCAGCUCCGAAUUGAGUCACUGACAUCGGGGCCUCCUCCAGCUGUCCUUCAGGCUCAUGGCUAUGUUAUGGAGCUGGUUGAUGCUCCUCCCACCAGAGGGACCUGUACGUAGUACUUCAAAAGAAAACAAAAACGUUGACAUCACAUGUUUCCGUGGAACUUCACUGACUUCGUCGGAACAGCAGAUUCCUGAGGCAUUUCGCCACCUUCCGCACUGCCUGGAGGUCAUGUCCAAUCGGGACUGUUUAUGAGAUGGAGACAAAAGAGUGCCUGAGAGAGAAAAAGACAAAGUGAAAUGCCUGAGAAGAAAGCAGGUAUGUUGAGUCCCUGCUGGAUAACUGCGAGAAGAAUUGCUCCCGAAGAAUUCGUUUGUUGCGUUCUCUCGCACUUUGGAUCAUCCAGCCCUUGUGAAGAACAUGCCUCUUCAUGACAAACUGCUGAAGGGGUCAGACUGAGGUGUAAGGUCAAAACUGAGAGUCUGACACAUGAUAGAGUCAUUUGACUCUGUAUUUUAUACCCUCUUUUUGAAGCUGAAGGUAAACCGACACAGAUAGAAAUGGAAAAUUGUGCAUUAAAUUGAAGUGCUCUGUCCGUAUUUUCUGUGGAGUAAAAACUCAUCAUCUUACAUGUUGUAUGGUAUGCCUUAGAGAUUUGUGAUCACAAGCACUUUUUUUUUGAGAAUAUUUAUUACGAUGUAAGUCCUGACACCGUGUUGGAGUGUGAAGAAAGAAUUCCAUGCUGGUAGCCUCUGCAUUUAUUAGGGAAGACUCAAAUCCUGAGACUGUUUUAUCCUUAAAAGUGGUGUUCAAUCUUUUGAAUUUACAUGACAAGACCAUCGGAUAUAUCCAACCCUCUUAUCUUUUCCGUUCCAGGAAGAUUUUUCUUUCUUUCGUAGUCUUGCAGUCUUUCCUUGAUGGUCAAAUGCAACAUGUCCACUCACAACAGAAGAAGAAAACAGUCCCCGUCUCAAACUGAUGGCGAACAAUUUGUGAAUUGAUGGUCCAAGGACACAAACAAUGAAGGAUGUUCAACAGCCGAAAGCUUUCACCCAAGACGGUUGGGAGUGUAAAAAGAAAGGACUUUGGAAAUGCAUUGUGGGCAGUUAACUCCCAAGCGCUUUCUAAAAGCACUUAUCUGAUCUUCCUCAAUGCUUAUUGUUAGUGUGAGCGAGCUGUUAACUUGUUUGAAAGACGUGGGUUCACAUCUCAUCUUAAAUAGUGAAGAGAGAGAGAGAGAGAGAGAGUACAGAAGGAGGCAUCAAUUGCUGGCUUGCAGAGAUCAGGGUUUUCUCCCAGAAUGCUACAAGCUGCUCAAACCUGAUGCAGAUCCCUGAUGCCAAGUUCCAUCAAAAUGAAGCAUAAAGUAUCUGAGAGAGAAGGCUUAAGGAACCCUCUUCACUUAAUAGGAAUCUCAUCUAAGGUUUUUUAUGGAGCCAGCUGGAGGUAAUUUCUAGUGGGAACAUAACAUGCAAUAUCGGUUUGUUUAACUAUGAGCCCUUAGAGUUGUGCUUAAAGCAUUCCUGAGCCUGUGUCUGGUAAAAGUUGCAAUUAUCAUUAAUGGAAUGUUCAUUACGUUAAUAUUGGUUGAGCUUCAGAAGCGAAACACAAUACAACAAGAUUUUAAAAGGAAAUCUCAUGCUAGGUGCUUUGAUAUUGCAUAUAUCUUACACAUGCAAACAUCAGUAAGGUUUGGUUACAAAGGCUGUCUGUGCCUUAUUACCUUUGGAAAGCACAGCCAAGUUGAGUAAGACAUUGUUUCUUGUUUCAGUUUCUGUUUCUGUUUCACAAACUAUGGAACCUGCAGUCACAUCUAUGGGCAAGACUCAAAAUCAUGGGUGUUUGUUCAGUCUCUGGACAUGAUUGCUGUUUUCAAAAGACCCUGGGCAGAAUUUUCUGCUGUCGCUGGUGGCAAGUUUGGAAGUGGGAAGGGCUUUUAAUAAAUCAGGGUGGUGCCAUUCCUGAAACCCACUGCCAUCCCCCUGGUCAGUCUGCCAUCCACUGAGGCCUUUGGAUUGCAAAUUAGAGGCUGCUUUAAAGCUCCAUCCUACUGCUGCCUGUAUUCACCUGGUGGCAGGCAGGCUGAACGUCAAGCAACCAGAUUGUCGUCUCCCAUGAGGAAGGGUCAGUCCUGUGAUUAAAGAAUCUUGCUGUCUGAUCAAGGGCCUGGAAAUCAAGAAGUAGCAGAGGGGUGGCUGGGUUGUAGUAUCGCCCUGGCACGUGCUGUCGACUCCCUCCCCCCAGUAGGCCACACCUCAUUAUGCUCCCACGGCCUGGGUCACUCCGCAGCAUUGGGACCCUCCGUCUGAGUUCCCAUGGCAACAGCCACGGCUUUCUCUCCUGCUUGGCCAACCACAAGAGCUUCUAGUUUCUGAUUCAGCUACCAGGAUUGCAAAGUUAGGGGGAGGCUCCCAGUAGACUUACCACAGCCCAAUUGGCUUGUAGACCAGUGUGCCCCUCUGAAUCUGGGCAGCAGUAGUCUCUGUCCAGCCAGGGAGACCCACAGCAUCUCCAAGAUCCCACUUAUCCCACAAGAGCACAUUUUCUAACCUGCAGGAAACCUCAUUGCCAUUCCUACCAUCAAGCAAUCAAUCAUUUCUGCAUUGUGGGCCAUCUCAGACACAAGAAAAAAGACAAAUCUAAUUUAUUUUUAUACCAUUUGGUGGUACAGAACUUGGGUAUCGUUGAUAAAAAGACCCAUUUUGUCCAAGCUAUUCAUCUUGCUCUUGUCAGGGCAAUUCACAAGAAUAGCAAUUUCAGGGUAAAACCAACAUUUUGGAGAGGGCAGUGCUAAUUGGUUGACAAGCAGACUCUGAUUGGUAAAGGUAUCGCCAUGGAGAAUGCACAUUUAAAUUGAUGACUGACAGUUAACUGCCAGACUUUGCUUAAAUUUUAAACCGUGCAGGUUUACUCUGAUUUGUCAAGGCAUUGCCCUGAGACAUUAACCAUUGGGUGACUAUCACCUAUUUUGUCAAGUUGGAAGAGGUAAAAUGCGUGUGCCUAUUCUUUCUGUCAGUGAAGAACAGAACCAUGUGUAAGAAUAUGCAUUGCUCCUAGUACUCACAAGUACUGUGAGCUUGGCUGACAAUCCUAUUGUCAGCAUAAUUCAUUGCACACUUGAGAUUAUCCAACAAAUGUUGUCCAAUUGUAAAAUUUGAUCUAAUGUUAGGUAAUAUGUUGUACAUUUUGCAAGAGCAACUGGUUGGAUGCAGUCAAUACCUUGCUUGCUGCAUAUCAAUAAGCUGAUUAUAUCCUCCACAACACCACUUCUACCAAUCAGAGUCCACUUGCUGACCAAUCACCACUCUCCUCUGAGCAGUAUUUCUUGUGAAUUGUCCUGACGAGUGCAAAUGAAAAUCUUUGACAAAAUGUGCCUUUCUUCAACAGAUCUUAUUUUCAUAUCUGCAAGUGCAUUGAGAGGAAAUAAAACUUCUGAAUGUUGUAUGGUGACCAAGAUCAGCUCCUUCCUUCUAAUGGCGAGGUAGUGCACCAGUUGAAGCUAUUAUCUAAAGCUUAAUGACAGGGAUAUAAAGAUCCAGUUCACAUGUUGUGAAUAUAUGUUUAAUAGGGAAAGAUUUGCAGUGCUACAGGGAAUAAGGAACAGACUGUGACAAAUUUCAUAGCUCUUUCAAAGAACUGGCAUGGAAAUGAUAGGCAGAAUGGCCUCCUAUGUAUCCAGUCACCCUAAAAAUAAAUUGUUCAACAGAUAGUCUCAAAACUUUCUUUUCUGGCAUUUAAUUGGACCAAUGAAGAUUUACGCUAUAUUUUAUUUUGAUUGGGCAGAACUAGAUAGGCCUUGACAGAGGAACAGAAACUGAGGGCCUGAAUUUCUUUGUAAUGUUAAGUAGGGGCCUAAUAAUAGCUGUAGCUGCUCUGUUAACAUUGCUAAGUUAUAAGAAGAAGGAUGAAAGCGGGCCAUCAGUUUACCAUCUUUUAGACAGUGCAUCCCUAUCUCACAUCCUCCCCAGCUACUACAGUCACCCUUUCUCACCUAACACCUUUCAGGGACACCUCUUGGGAAUUUCUUCUGACAAUUAAGUAAACUUUAUGGAAACUAUGGUUAUAAUCACUGUCUGCAUUUUAGCCAUUCACUAGAAAGCAGGAAGGCCUUGCAACAAAUGUUCUAACUCUGAUGGAGAUCUAUCCAGAGGAUAUUUUAACUGCAACACAAGGAAGACUAGUCAUUGCAACGGAAUGUCACCAUUUUAAAAGCUGUACUAGCUUCCACUUUGGUUCUUUUUAAGGGUCAUCACCAAAUCCAAUUUUAAAAGUAAUUAAAAGUUACAUUUAAAUGUAAUGAAGCAAAUAGAAUGAAAGAGCUUAAUGCGAUGAAGACAACAUUGGAAUAUCAUGGAGGGGCUAUUACAACUACUCCAUGCCAAUAUAAGGGUACUCUGAAGUGGCUCACGCAUGCCUAACUGAUUAUGUCUAAACAAGGGGAACAAUAAGUGAGAAUGUGCAGAGGUAAAUGAUUUUAUUGUUAGACCUGGCAAUCUUAUUAGUCAAAUUCCAAUGCUUCCUUGAUGUCACUUACUCACCUAAUUGUCAUUGAUAGAACUAGUUGCCACAAAUAUUGCCUAGUGCUCCUUUAUCCUGGAUAUUAUUGCAUCCAUUCCCCUUAGCCAGCUCCUAUUUCUCAUCUUGCUGUCAUAUGCAUGCAACAUGAAUGUCUUCGGCUCAGGGGGAGGCAUGGCCGAGUUGUAUUAUCACUAAGCCAUUAAUCCAGAGUCUCAGCUAAUGUCUGGGGGACCUGGGGUUCAAAUCACAUCCAUGGCAGAUGAUGGAAUUUAAAUUCAAUAGAGAAUCUGGAAUUAACAGCCGAAUGAUGACCAUAAAACCGUUGCCGAUUGACGGGAAAAACCAAUCUGGUAAAUGCCCUUUAGGGAAGGAAACUGCCAACAUACCUGGCCUGGCCUGCAUGGGACUCCAGACCCACAGCAAUAUGGUUGACUCUUGAUUCCCCUCUGGACAAUUAGGGAUGGGUUAUAAAUGCUGGCCUAGCCUGAGCUGCCCACAUUCUGUGAGUGAAUAAAAGAAAUGGAAUGACCAGUACAGAAAGAGACCAUUUGACUCAACGUAUCCAUGCCAGUGCGAAUGCUAAACCUAUACUUCUAUAGUGCGAAUGCUAAACCUACAUUAAAUGCAAUUCAUCUCUGUUACUCCUUGCAGUAAUCGAGCUCCACAUUCCCACUACUCUGUGGAUUAAGAUGUUUCAUGAGUAUUAUCUAUAAACAUGGGUUAGUUUCCACACAUAUGCCCAUGACACUUAGCUUGCCGCACCUUGGCUCUGCACCCUUUGCCGUGCAGUUUGGCAGCCAGCCUGGUUGCCAGGUGAAAAUGAAACAACCAUCUGCAGCUCCAGUAAGGUUUUCAUCAUUCCCUUUAAAGGUCACACCAACCAUCAUUUGAACCUAGUCCAAAAUGCUGAAUGCCCUCGAGAUGUUUAGCUACGUUCUUGGUACUGUAUACAUGAAAGUUGUUUUACAACAUUGAAAGCUUAAACUUAAGUCACUUUUGCUGCAUAUAGUCCUACAAAAAACGCACAUACAAAAUAUGUUCAGGUUUCAUUUGCACAUAUAUCAGGCCUACAGAUUUAAAAUUGAAUAAGAGUUUCUGUACACACAACAGUGACACAAAUUGCAGCUUCAAAGUUUAUCAAUGUCAAAGCAUUCAGAGAACUAAUUAUAAUAUUUUCAUCAUUGUAAAUUGCAUUUAAGGAAUUACUCACACGAGGAUUAUCAGAUUUAAACAACUUUGAUUGAUUUAUCACCUUCACAUUCAAGACAGCAUUGGACGAUUAUUUGGAUAGAAAUGGUGUGCAAUGUAAUGGGGAAAAAAGGCAGGAGAUUGGCACUAGGUUUGAGAAUGGUGCAUCAUGAUGAGCUGAAUAGCCUCCUCCUGCACCAUAAAAGUUCUGCCCCUGAAGUCAGAGGGUGGCAUGGUGGCUGUGUGGUUAGUACUGAUGCCUCACAGCACCAAGUUCAGUUCCACCCUUGGGAAACUACCUGUGUGGAGUUUGCACAUUCUCCCCGUCUCUGCAUGGGUUUCCUCCCACAGUCCAAAGAUGUGCAGGUGGAUUGGCUAUGCCAAAUUGCCCUGUGGUGUCCAGGGAUAUGCAGGCUAGUUGGGUUAGCCGUGGGAAAUGCAGGCUUUCAGGGCAAGGGCAGAGGGCACUGGGUCUGGCUGAGUUGCUCUUUGGAGACCAAUGGGCUGCACGACCUGCUUCCACACUGUCGGGAUUAUGUGCUCGAAAGACACUUCACAGGAAUAAAAUCUGUGGAAAAUGGACACUGAAACAAAGAAGGAGACAUUAGGAUAGAUGAACAAAGCAAGCCUUACCCAGUAUGUCUCUAAGGGAAAGGCACUUUGCAAAUUAUAAAGAUUUAGUGAGAAUUCUGGAGCUCUGGACCCAACCAAUAGGUGGUAUGGCCACUGAUGGUGAAGUGAUUUAAACUGGGAGUAUCCACGAUGCCAGAAUUGAAGUAGCACAGUGCAUGUGGAGGGCUGUGGGACCGCGAAAGGUCUCAGAGGUAAGGACAAGAAGAGGCCACGGACAGAUUUUGAACAAUAGUGAAUAAAUUUUAAAUUUGACACUUUGGUGGAACAGGAAUCAAUGGAGAUCAGCGAGUGCCAGUGAAUGGGACUUUCCAUCCGGACCUUUCACUGGUUUUCAGGUGAGGAGAGAACGAAAGGCUGAAUUUCACUUUAAGUGCUCGGAUUUCUCAGAAACUGACCCAGAUUAAAAACAAGUAGGAUAUUUCAAAAUAAAAGCAGAAAUCACUGAGAAACAAAAAUCAGCAGGCCUGGAGAGAGAACCUGUUGAAGUGCAAAAUGAGUAGCCUUCUGAAGAAGAAUCACAUUGCAUUUGGAUGACGCCUAGCAAGUCAUUUCUCUUGUGACUUACCAAACUCAUCCAAUUGCCGACUUCCCCAUCCCUAAUAUGAUCUUCACACCUAAUUCUGUCCUCAUUUUGCCACACGCUGAUCUCAGGCAUCCCUUGCACCUUUAAAAACAUAUUGUUUACUGAGGUUGGCACUUCCAGUCUGCAGCUGCCUGACAUGGUUCCUGAUAAUUGCCCCAGAAAUGGUGGGCAGAGGGAAAUCAGCACACUGCUUUGUGGAUCAAGAGUAGGGCAGGACCUCCUCUUAACCCAGAGACCAGCAGAGGAGGCCAUGCUGUAGACCAUACCAGCAUGAUUGGAGGUUACUAGCCAUGUUAUAGCAGCCUCAGCUAAGUGUACGUGCUACCCUCUUGUCUCUACUACUUCGUCCUCAAUUGAUAUCAGCUACUGUACCCAAUUCCCACCAAGGUACAGAUACAGUUACAACAUUUAAAAGAUAUUUGGAUACGUUCAUGAAUAGGAAAGGUUUGGAGGGAAUUGGGUCAAGCACAGGCCAGUGUGACCAAUUCAGUUUGGGAACAUGGUCAGCAUGGACAUUUGGACCAAAAGGUCCAUUUCCUUGCUGUAUAAUUCUAUGACUCCAAGUGCUGAAGCAUCCUGUAAGUGGAUUGGUGAUGUGCAAUGAUGGUUCUUGGAGGUUGGCACAAAUCAGGUACCAAUGCUGGUGGUGCCACGGUGGCUCAGUGGUUAGCACCACAGCCUCAUAGCGCCAGGGAUCUAGGUUCAAUUUCACAUUUGGGCAACUGUCUGUGUGGAGUUUGCGCUUUUUCUUCAAGCCUGUGUGGGUUUCCACCGAGUGCUCCAAUUUCCUCUGACAGUCCAAACAUAUGUAGUUUGGGUGGAUUAACCAUGCUAAAUUACCCAUCGUGUCUAGGGUUAUACAAACUAGGUGGGUUAGCCGUGGGGAAUGCAGUGUUGAGGGGGAUGCUGUGUCUGACUGGGAUGCUCAGUAAGGACUAGCUGGACUGAAUGGCCUGCUUCCACACAGUAGGGAAUCUGUUAAUCUAUGGUGGAUGAGGGAUAGUGUGUGGCGUACACCCAUGGAGCAUACCCUGAGAUGCUGGUGCCCAGUGUCUGACACGUUCAGAGCAAGCAAUGAGCUGAAUAUGCCAGGUACCCAUUCUGACUUUCAAGCAGCGAUUUCUUAACAUCUGAGCUUAUUUUGUGAGCUUCGUGAGAUAGGAAACUGAAUAUUAAUGAGGCAAAUUGGUCUGUCAAAGGUGUUUAACGAGCAAUAAUCCCCUUAAUUGGCAACUUGUUGCUGCGUAGUGAGGAACAUUCUAAUUGUGCUUGUCAGAAGCAUGAAGGAAUGGACAGUGAGAUGCUGCUAACAUUAAGACAUAACACACAUCACUCAGCCCCCUUUAAGGUUCUGCCCAUUAUUUUUUCUACCCAUUGGACUCUUUUUUUUCCAGAUCACCAGCAUCAGCAGCAUUUUGCUUUUAGUUUUGGGGCAUUUUAAAAAGAUCCUUAACAUUACUGUCACCAAAUAGCUGUGGUUAGAUGACAUGAUGGGCUAUGUUAAUCAGAUAAAAAAUGACAGGUAACCUGCUUUAUUGUGAAAGGGUGGCUUACAGGGGCCCUGUUUUUCUAGAUGUUGUACCCAGUCACCUUUUUUCUUUAAUUGGCAGCAUUUUGCAUUCCAAACGGGAAUUAUGAGGGCACAAAUGUACAGGUCUCAAGUAUAGUUCAAAACUAAGUUUACAAUUAAGACCUUAAAACCAGUGGAAUUCUAUUUCCAAAAAGCUGCAUCUUAAAUUUUCAAAGAAUCAAAGAUUGGAUAGUGACCUUCUUUGAAUUUCAAGCUUGACUGCUUGGAAUUUCUUUACCAGUAUCGGGUGCCUAAAAUAUAUUUCAACUGCAAUCAUUUACUGUUGCUAGAAUUGCACACUAAACAGUAAAUUCAAAAAGAUAUACUCUUUGACAGAUUGCAGUAGGAGAAAGAAUAGAGUACAGGGUAUUUAUAUUUAGCUUAACAAUGAGAUAGAUUAGAUAUUUAAAAGGUGUGAAUUAAAACCAAAUGACAAGGAAAAUGCCUUCCAAUGAGUGGACUUUAUUUUCAAAAUUUCAACAUUAUCUACAGUGCAAUAGGAACAAAGUUGACUACAAAUGGGUGUAGAGGAGGCAGGGUUGAUAUAAAACACACCAGGACAUAAUGUAUGGGAAAAAAAGGUUUGCAUUUACAUAGCACCUUUCAUGAUCUCAAGGUGUUCCAAGCCAACAAAGUACCAUUGAAGUGUUGGGGCUGGUGUAAUGUUUCAAAACACGACAGCCAGGUUAUGCUCAGUAAUGCCCCCCUCCACAAAGUGCAGAAUGAUGAUGCUCAGUCAAUUUGCUUUCAUGAUGCUGACUGAGGGUUAAAUAUUAGCCAGGACAUGGAGAGAACUCCUUACUCUUGUUUGACAUGUAAUUGGAAGGUCUUUUACAUCCACUUCUGAGAACUGAUGGACCUCAGUUGUCAUCUAGAGCAUGCCUCUUUCUUUCUGUGAGAUUCCCACCAGGACUGGCUACCUGUAAGGAGGAGAAUCAUACAUCACUCAACAGAAACAAAAAGAGGAAUGAUUUCUAAUUCUCUUUAUAAAAUCACGUCAGAUUGAAUGAAGGAAUGCUUGAACUAAGUGCACGUGUUCUUCAGUGGUUCGACGCUAGUUUGAGCUUUGCAUUUUCACCGAGAAUAAGGUCAUUUUCAAUCAUAUCAUGUUGUAGAUAAUGAAACGUAGCAAAACCAAGCCAGUUUUACUGGGAGCAAGGGGUUUCCAUUCAUUUUGAUGUUUGGUGUACAUUGAAAUACUCUUGUUUCUUACAUUUUUAAAAUCAAACUGAGGACAUUUUAUACAAUAAAACAACAAUUUGAAAAAUUAUUUAUCGUGAUAUUAAGUGCUGUGAUGGAUAAGCAGAUAAUUUCUGACAGUAAACCAUGUCUGCCAAGGUUUUGAUGAGUUUUGACAUGUGUGUCAAUUAUCCAGCCUAUUGGUCUUAUCAUUGUUAAAUUAUUUUUUUUUGCUUUGGUGCAGUCUAGUCACAUCAAGCGUCUCCACUCAAGUCACUGUAAAUAAUGCCUUCCCUCUUCAAGUCUCUUUUUUUCAUUUUGCUCAUCAAAACUCCAUUCGGAGCAAAGAAUCUGCACACUCCCAAUUUGUUACUGCCAAAUGUUGAUAAAUGCACUGCCUACUCAAAGAGAUUUUCUCAAGGACAUCUCAACAAGCUCAGUUCCAUCUCUCCCUUUUUUGUCACUUUGCACCAUCACUUAAGCUUAUGCCUUGUCCUAUCCAGCUCAUUGUCUGUUGGUUGCUUCAGCAUUUGCAACUUACCAAAGGCUGGAUCAGAAUUAUACCAUUCUUUUUCUACCAUGCAGCCACUGGGAAAAGGAAUUGGGUGUGGGAAGAGGAAUCCAGUGCAGAGAUUAAGGAACUGAAAGACACUCACUAACAUAUUCAGUCCAAACGUCACAAGUUGACUUUGUUUGACAGGCAUGCUGUUGUCUAUCCUUGUAAAAAAAAUUGUUUUGGUAAGUUAUGAAUUUUUUGUACAGAGAGCUAAAAUGUAAUUAUGUUAAGCUAUUGAUUCAUCUCUGUAUAGCUGUGAGAGGUUGACUUCUUUGGCUUAAAUAUGAAAUAUAACCUGCCUGUUUCGCUUUGUAUUUCAGCUGUGUUGCACAGUUAAUGCAUUUUUGUUACUAGUAUGUUCAUUUGGAAACAUUAAUACUAAAUGUACAAACAUUAAUCUGUUAUUGGUAUUUUUUUGUUCUUUUUAAAUGUAAUGUCUCGGUAUAAAUAAUAAUUGUAUGCACUGGUAUGAUUGCUUCUCUCAAAGAGGGCUUAAUUAAAGUACCAGUGCGUUGAAUAAUAAAGAACUACAAUAAAACAGUUUUUUUUCUUAAA